AUGGAGACGACCCCGUUCGGGCACCGGGCCCGAUUUGUCAUCCUCAUCUUGGUCGUGCUCUGCCUGACGAGUGUUUGGUCCAACAUCCUGGCCUUCAACUUUGCCCUCAUUUGCAUGAAUCCUGAGGAUGAGGGGCGCGACGAGGCGGCAAAACACGGAGACUCAUCCGAAGAAGCCGACGUCACCAGAUCGUAUGCAAACUCCUCAGCAAUCGAUCCGGAUAACGGUUCACAGGCCGUAUCAUUUACAGCAGGACAGCAAACCUACGCGAUUUCGAUCGUCCCCCUGGCUGCCAUCAUCGCCAACUUCCCGGUCAUCUUCUUGCUGAACAAGUUUGGGAUCAGGACAAUAUUCGGGUUUGGCGGCUUGCUAUCGGCUGUGGCGACGAUUUUGAUACCUUUCGGGAUUAAGCUCGGCUACCCGUACUUCAUGGCGUUGCGCUUCCUGCAGGGUCUCGCCUUCGCCGCCAACCUGCCGGCCAUCGGCGCCUUUUGCGCAAAGUGGGCUUAUUAUAAGCAGAAUGGUCUUUUUAUCGCCUCGACCGUGGCUUACCUCCAAAUCGCGCCAGCCUUCACGAACCCGGUGUCCGGGCCGAUUUGCGAGCAUAUGGGGUGGGAAUCUGUCUUCUACCUUCACGGGUGCGUCGGGCUAGCCUUGUUCGUGUUGUACGGUCUCUUCUACCGGAAUAGCCCUGGAAAGCACCCAUUUGUCGGCGACAUCGAAUCCAACAAAAUCGGAAUCGGAAAGCCGACAAAAGAGGAGAAAAAAGACGCUCAACAAGUGCCGUACCUGCAGAUCCUGAUGACGCCGUCCAUCUGGGGCGUCUGGAUCGCGGCCAUCGGGAAUUUCGUGGUGGUCAACCUGAUCUUCCUCUACUCGCCGACGUACAUGAGCAAGGUACUCGGCUUCUCCGUCUCGCACAGCGGCUUCACCUCGGCGCUCGGCCCGCUAGCGCAGGCGGCCGUGAAGGUGUCAGUUGGCGGCCUCAGCGACCGUAUGAAGUUCCUCUCCGAGGUCACCAAGCUGCGCAUCUUCAACUCGAUCGCCUUCUUCGGGUGCUUCGUGUUGCUCUACAUUUUGACGUUCGUCAGCACCGAGUACUCGACGAUGUGCGUGCUGCUCUGGGGCGCGGCUAGUGGCAUCAUCGGAGCGAACACGGGCGGCUUCUUCCGCGCGGCGCCCAUCCUCAGCAAGCAGUACAGCCACUUUGUGACGGGCAACAUCUCGCUGGCGAUCACGAUCACGAUGGUCAUCGUGCCGUUCGUCGUCAACGGGCUGGUGAAAGACAACGAGCCGGAGGAGUGGAAUCUCGUGUUCCGCAUCCUCGGCGCCGUCAUGGCGAUCACCAACAUCAUCUACCUCAUCCUCGUCCGGGGCGAGGCGUGCAGCUGGACCGAGCUAAAAUCCCGGCCCGGCAAGGUGGCGCCGAUCUCUCAAGAAAAGCUGGCCGUCUCCGAGACGUCCAGCCAGACGUCCAAGGACACGGUCGACGACGAGAAGCCGAUCCACGAGUUGAGCGUUAUCAACUACUCCAACCAGUACAGCAAUCAAUUGUAU